ACUAAUAAAUUCCACUCGCUCAUCUCUAUCUACCCUCCCUCCGUCUUCUUCUUCAUCAGUCUUUUCACUGGGACACUAACACCAGCUCAAAAUAUGGGUUUGCAGCACUCUUAUUCAACAAUGCUUAGACUAUGCUGCGGUCUAUCGCCUUCUGCGCCGAAACUCUUAUCCCUCCCAACUUGCCGAUUCGCGAGGGUGAAGUUUUUUCGGAUUAGGGCGUUUGGAACGGCGGCCUCUGCCGCCGCUGAGAAGAACGGCGGCGACAUCUUCUUCGCGGAGGAUGACGUCUCCUGGAAGUCGCUCGGCGUUUCUGACCGCCUAUCUCGGUCUUUAUCUAGUAUUGGCUUUCAGAGGCCAUCUCUGGUUCAGGCUGCUUGCAUACCAAAUAUACUGUCUGGAGCUGAUGUCGUGGUUGCUGCCGAGACUGGUAGUGGCAAAACCCAUGGAUACUUGGUUCCAUUGAUCGAUAAGCUUUCUGAAAGUGGCGGUAUAUCAGGAGGGGAAGGUCUGUUGGAGAGGAAAGCAACAAAGUCCCGUCAACUUUCUCUUGUUCUAUGUCCAAAUGUCAUGCUGUGCGAGCAAGUGGUCAGAAUGGCUAACUGUCUUUGUAACAAUAGUGGCGAGCCAUUCCUCAAGGUUGCUGCUGUUUGUGGCCGACAGACAUGGCCAGUGAAAGAACCAGAUGUAAUGGUGUCAACGCCCACUGCAAUUUUGAAUUAUAUUCACACAGUUGACUCAGAGAAUGGCCACCGCUCUGAUUUUAUACGUAGCUUGACACAUGUGGUUUUUGAUGAGGCAGACAUGCUUCUUUGUGGCAGUUUCCAAAACCAAGUCAUUCGACUCAUAAAUAUGCUUCGUUUUGAUGAAAAGCAACUGUCCCAUUUAAGCAAUCAUGAAGCUGAGAUGCUGACCAGGCGGAGUCCUGAUUCUCCUUUUGGCUGUGACCAAGAGGAUGUCAAUGGGGACUCGCUAGAAGAUUGCAACGACAAAGUUGAUGAUGUCGAAGAUGAUUCAAGCGCAACAGAAUCAGAAGUUGAUUGCAAGGUUGCCAAGAGAACAGAUUGGCGAAGAGUGAGAAAAACAUAUGAGAGAAGUAAGCAGUAUAUUUUUGUUGCUGCAACACUUCCUGUGAAUGGGAAGAAAACUGCCGGAGGAGUUUUAACACGGAUGUUUCCUUAUGCAUGCUGGGUCAGUGGAAACUACCUCCAUUGCCACAACCCAAGGUUGAAGCAGGAGUGGAUUGAAGUUACAACAGACACACAGGUCGAUGCUUUAAUAGAUUCUGUGAAAAAUGGAACCCAAUCCUCUGGAACACUUAGAACCAUGGUGUUUGCAAACACUGUUGAAGCCGUGGAAGCUGUAGCCAAGAUCUUGACGCGGGUUGGGAUCGAGUGUUUCUGCUACCACCGUAAUUGUUCCCUGGAGGAGCGCGCAGAAAGGCUAGCUGGCUUCCAACAGAGAGGCGGUGUUUUUGUUUGCACAGAUGCUGCUGCCCGCGGUCUCGACGUUCCUAAUGUUUCUCACGUUAUUCAAGUAUUUUUUUCGCGAAAUUGGGCUUAUGAUCUUGGGUUAUUCUGCGUACUCUUUCUGGGGCAGAAUUUGCAACAUCUGCUGUAGAUUUCUUGCAUAGGGUGGGUCGUACUGCUAGAGCCGGACAACCUGGGCUUGUGACCAGUCUCUAUGCUGAAUCUAACCGGGAUCUUGUGGCUGCUGUUCGUCGAGCCGAAAACACUGGUGAACCAGUGGAGAAGGCCUUUAGUCGAAAACGAAGCUUCAGAAAUAAACUUAAGAAGAGAGGUUCCAUCAACAAGAGUGUAGCUGAAGAAGAGCC